AUGGCUUGUGAAAAUAAAGGGUUAUAUCGGUUGCUUUGGAUUCCAUUUCCCUUAUUUGUAGUAGCUGGUGUAUCGUUACCGUUGUUUGGCCUAAUUAUUUGCUUCUUUGUAUCGACAUACAAUACUUUCGAUGAGGUUACGGAAUCCGUGUGUGGGGUAACCAAUUUUGUUCCAUCUAUCAGUGCUGUCACUGGGAUAAAACCUCAAAUAUAUUUAUGGCGCUACACAGUUGGGCUGCAUAGUGCACCACGUUUACUCCUUGCGUUUAUAUAUCUUCGAUACCAUAUGUCUUAUCACAAAAUGUUCAACCAGUCAUUGAUUUAUAAAAUUUUGACUGUUGUUGCAUUCUGUCUCAACCUUCUAGAUGUGGGUUCGUUUGUGGGAGUGGCUUUUGUAUCUAACCAAGAGAAUUACCCUCUCCAUGAACAUUUGUUCAUCGUUUUCCUGAUCGCUUCAACUGCCUAUAUGAUAGUCACUCUAGUGGUUCAUUGGAUAAUAGGAAUCACUUCUUGCACUCCGAGAUUCAAAUAUUCUUUUAACCUGAAGUCCCUGUUUUUCGGACUAGAUGUUUGCUUAAUCCUCUUGUUAGUCCACCAGUUCUACAACCAUAGGUUUACCUGUAAGGCAAACGCAUUUAGUUGGUUUUCAGCUAGUGAAUAUGGUAUCGCAAUUGCUAAUAUGGGAUUUCACCUAACCGCUGCAUAUGACUUUCAGGAUGUGGCUUUAACAACCAUAACUUUUAAACCUUCUACUGAAUAG